CAAGCUUUUAGAAUUUUCAGAUUAGUCCUUGUGAGCUGAUACUUACCAUUUUUGUUUUUGUUUUUUUUUAUAACUGUGUCGGUAUUGAUUAAAGGAGUAAAAUUGGAGAUAUCAUAAUUAGACUUAUAAUUACUGUAACUCAAAGUUUUACAAAUUUGACAAAAGUUUAAAUCCAAUUCUUUGUUUCAAAAGUUUUACUGUCCCGUCAAUUUUGUUAACUUUGAACAAUUUUUUCUUCUUUUCUUCUCUUUGUUGCUCCAACCUCAAGGAAAAGGAAGAGAGAAGAGUUCUUUACCAGCUUUUCUCAUUGACUUCAGAGUUUCCCCAACUGGGUUUUUCUCCAUUUCAGCUUUUAGUUUUUGUUUCCCGCUUAAAUUUCAGUUUCUUUCUCUGCUUCUAAGCUUCUUAUCGCCACUUUGAUUGAUGGGUUGUUAUUAUUAACUUUAGUUUUUGGAUUUUCUAUUUCAUUUUUUGUAUUGUUUCUGGGUUUUUUGCGUGUUUGUUUAUUGGGUGAAAAGGAGUUCACUGUUUCAGAUCUUAGUAGAGAGGUAUUAGGAUUCUGUAUCAAUGGUCAAUUAGAGUUAAUUAUUUGUGUUCUUAAAAAUAAAAGAAAUUAUGAGAUUUAAUUUUUAUUUAUUUGAAAGUUGUGUCUUUUCAAGAUUCCUUGUGGAGUAAGCCCCUAUAAAUGAAAAAGCUAUUCUGAUUCUUUGCAAAUGCUUUAUGAUUUAACACUGAUAUUUUCAUUGUGAUACCUCCACCUCCACUUCUCCUUUUUACAUUUCCUCUCAUCAGCUUCUCUGCAUCUUGCUCUGCUUUUCCUCUGUUUCCGAAAGCUUCAAUUUUGAAUUAAAAAACCACUAUAAAACAAUCGAAAACUUAUCAUAUCAUAUCCAAUUCAGUAUUACCAUGUUGCAUUAAUUUUGAGUUUUUGCCAGUAGCUUUGCUGUGAUGAAGUGGGAAACAGAAGUAAUCUCCCCUUCAACAUAUCUUUCAAGCAACAAUCGGGCUCUUGAAGAUAGCAAGACCACAAAAUGGACAGCCCAAGAGAACAAAAUAUUUGAGAAUGCUUUAGCAAUAUAUGAUAAGGAUACUCCUGAUCGAUGGCACAAAGUUGCGGCGAUGAUCCCCGGGAAGACAGUAGUAGAUGUAAUUAAGCAGUAUAAAGAAUUGGAAGAUGAUGUGAGCAAUAUAGAAGCAGGGCUGAUUCCAAUUCCAGGGUAUAAUAAUACUACUAACUCUCAAUUCACAUUGGAGUGGGUUAACAAUCAUAAUAGCUAUGAUGGGUUCAAACAAUCAUAUGGAAUUGGUGGAAAGAGGUCCUCUUCUGUUCGCCCUGCCGAGCAAGAAAGGAAGAAAGGAGUUCCAUGGACUGAAGAGGAGCAUAAGCUGUUUCUCUUGGGAUUGAAAAAGCAUGGCAAAGGAGAUUGGCGAAACAUCUCUCGCAAUUUUGUUACCAGUAGAACACCGACCCAGGUGGCUAGUCAUGCUCAAAAGUACUUUAUCCGGCAGCUCUCCGGGGGAAAAGAUAAGAGGAGAGCUAGCAUUCACGACAUAACAACCGUAAACCUCAAUGACACAAGAACUCCUCUGGACAAUCAAAGCCCUCCUUCACCGGAUCAGUCUGCAGGACUUUCUCAGCAACCCGGCUCAGGCGCCUUGUCUAGUUCACAAUUUCAAUGGCAUCAGCCAAAUAGUGGAUCAGCCAUGUCCUUCCUUUCAACACAAGGAAAUAUGUUAAUGGCAUCGCCUUAUGCGAUGGCCUCAUAUGGGCUAAAAAUGCCAGGACAGAAUCUGCAAAGAGGUGCAGUGCAUGAGCCUUACUUUGGACUUCAAAAUCUGGCUUUUCAAAUGCAAUACCCUCAUGGAUAACAAGCUUUUUGUUUGAAAUCUCAGUGGCUCGAGCAGCAGCAGCCCGAGUUUUCAUUCAUACUCAUUAGUAUAGUUGUGUACUCUUGUCUUUGUGCUUUUUCCCUUGUUUUAUGUGAACAUAUGAUGAAGAACUUGAGUUUAUAGCCCUGGUAUAAUUAGAACUUGGAGCGGACAGGAUUGUGUUUUACUUGCAAAUUACAAGCUCUGAAAUGUGAAACAGAAAGAAGACUCUCACUUGUAGUUACAAUGUCAUUUAUGUGGCUAAGCAGAGAUUUGCUUAUCCAAAACGCAUCUCCAAUUAGGCAAGUUCGAUAUUAUUGUCUUCAAAGACUGUAGGGACUAGAAAGUGAGGAGAGUAUGAAGUUCACGAUUGGCUACACAGGUUUUGUCCUAUUAAUUGAUCCCUCUGAGAUAAGAUUGGAAUGCCGAAAGAGAAGCAAUAAAUGGGCCAUGGAAUUUCAAGUGCAUUUGGAGAAUGAAAAGAAAGGGCAUCACCAAGAUAAGCAUCUUGAAUUAUAAGUGGAAGUCGUGUGAUGUCUUAAGCCAAAAUGCCAAUCUGUUUGGUCGGCGAUGUGUCAGAGUCUCAUAAACUCGACGAUUUCUAUGAAUAAUGUAGUGAUAUUAACACUGAAAUGACACCAUUUGUGCUGUCCUGUUACUUAA